CGGCCUCGCUCUACAGGACGGGGCUCGCGCCCAGGCGGAGGCGGCCGCUCCCGCGGACGUCGAGGGCGUGGCGGCUAGGCUCUGGGCAGCGGGCACCUAGCAGACUGUACCCCGGCGACCGCCCGCCGCGUCUCCCCAAGCGCGGCCCCUCGCGGCGCCCCGUCUCCCGCGUAGCCCGUCUGGCCGUCCCGGCCUCUCCUUGCCUGCCUGCCUGCCUGCGGCGGCCACGCGAGCAGUAGAUGCCUGGUAGACAUCUUAGAACUUUAAGAACGGAAAAGACCUGCUUUUAGGGGAUAAUGCUGAGGGACACUAUGAAAUCUUGGAAUGACAGCCCGUCAGAUCUCUGUAGCAGUGACCAAGAAGAGGAAGAAGAGAUGAUUUUUGGUGAAAAUGAAGAUGAUUUGGAAGAAAUGAUGGAUUUAAGUGAUCUGCCUGCCUCACUUUUUGCUUGCAGUGUCCAUGAAGCUGUGUUUGAGGUGCCAGAGCAGAAGCAGGUCGAGAUGACCACAGCUACCCCUCUGGGGAGUACCACCUACUUCUCAUUGAACAUGACCACCAGAGGAGAAGACUUUCUGUACAAGAGUUCGGGAGCCAUCGUUGCUGCCAUUGUGGUGGUUGUCAUCAUCAUCUUCACCGUGGUUCUGAUCUUGCUGAAGAUGUACAACAGGAAAAUGAGGACAAGACGGGAGCUGGAGCCCAAGGUCCCCAAGCCAGCCUCCCCUUCUGCCCUGGGCCCAAACAGCAACAGCAGCCAACACCCUGCAACUGUGACCUUCAGCCCUGUUGACGUCCACGUGGAGACUCGGUGACCCCCCAUCCUGGGUGCAGUCUCGGCCACUGUCCAAAGAGCCUUCAGUCAAGACCAAGAAGCACAUUUCUCCUCUGGCAGCUUCACUACGAGUUUGUUCCGGUCAGGUCAACAGGGGCAUCUCUUAUGCAAUCCCUGAUGCUUCAGGCAACCCCCAACCCCAUCCUGCCGGGCCCCACCCCAGGUAUGUCCAUAUCCCUGCUGCCACCCUUCCAAAAGGCUGUGCUAUUUUGGGAAUCCACUGCUGUGGGUUUAGCUGUCUCCCCGCAAACACAAUAGCUAGACAGACAGGCAGAUAGCCCAGGAGUCUUCUGGUCAGGAGUCAGGGGUCAGGGCAUGCUCCUUAGAGGGUCUGCCCUGAGGUCAUAUCAGAGGAAGGGCCAUAUCCACAGCUUUGUAGAGCAAAAUAGUCAAUCCCAUAAUCAGGCACAGGGGAACUAACUUGGACUAACUCACCAACAACCCAGCUUGUUAAUUUAUAACUUGUUCCAGUGCUAAAUGACUGCUAGCUAGCUCAUGAUCAUUGGUCAGCACAUUUCUCCCUCUUUAAGAAAGGUUUUGGGGAAAACUGGAUUCUUCUCCAAAGGUGUCUACUUCUUUAGUAAAGAGUCAAAGUCGAAGACAUAGGAUGACCUUGAGGAAGAACGGCAUCUAGGAUGAAAGCUUGUUGUAGUGUCCAUGGGCCUGGAAUAAGCCUGGUGUCUGGUCAGGGCCCCUCCCCCCCCACCCCCCCACGGGGGCUGGAUUAACCUUGACUCAGUCUCAUUUCUUGGCUUCCCUCUAUUUGGAUUCUGAGCAAUCCUCACUCUCCAGUUACCAUCUUACCUCCAAGGUCCAGUAUUUGGAGACUGAUUAGAUUACAGCUCUAUUUAUGUUACCUCUGCCCUUCCUGGUCACCUUGCAAAGAUUCAGGAUAUAUUCAAAGUACCACAUUCACAAACCAUUCCUCUGGACAGAACUCAUCUCUUUGACACUUCAGCCUGGAGAACAAUCUACCGAAAGAGGAAAGCAUUUUGGAAUUAAGAAGACCUGCCUUCCAAGCCCUAUUUCCUGGUUUCGUGGCCUUGGGAAAGUGACUUGACCCCUCCGUAUUCUGUUUCCUAACAUGAAAUGGGAAUAACGUCUGCCUCACUGGGUGACUAUGACAAGCCAGGGACUUAGUAAAACAGCUUAGGUAGCACCUGGCGCCCAGCAGAUGCUUCAUAAAUGGGAGCCAGCAUUAUUAUUAUGAAUUUCUUCCAUUGUAAGACAUACACUUGUUGCCAUUUUAAUGAUUCUGAAAUCAGAAUGUCUUAAAAUGGAUGGGUCCACUAAUGAGGUUGCAUUUUUUUUCUCUCUCUCUCUCUCAAAAAGCUGUUUUUUAGCCAGUUGUGCAUUUUACAGUUGAAGGCAUCUUGGAAACAAGGUAAUAAAUCUGUAUUCUGUUACAGACAGUGACACACUCUGACAUUUAACCUUAAACUCUAGGAGUCUCUCCUUCUGAGGGAAAUCUCUUUUGAGGGAAAACUGAGGGUCAGGAGGUAAGAAGACAGACGCAGGGUCACACAGUUCAUGUCAUCCCACUAUAAAAAUGCUCACUUGAAUAUAUCUGGAGAAAUACAGGCAAAUUCUUUCUCCCCAGACAUCUCUUCUCCCUCCUGUGUUUAAAUAUCCGCCAGACACUUUGCAAGGUGUUUUACAUAAGUUAUGUCAUGGGAUUUAUUUUUCCCAAUAACCCUGGGAGGUAUUAUUUUUCCCAUUUGCCAAUGAGAAUUUCAAACUCAAGAAGAAAAAAUACUUGCUCAAAGUCUCACAGCUUGUGAGACAGUAAGUUGCAAAGACAAGACUCAAACCGUGGCCUCUUUGACUCCAAAGUCCAUCUUUUUGUUGUAUCACACUCUUCCCUGACAUCCUGGCUCAAAGAACAUGGAUUCUUUUGUGAGCUGAGCAAGAGGAGGACAGGCUUACCCAUGUGUCUGAGUGGAGGUCGGGGGUCAGCUUCCACACCAAAGGUGGGGCAAAGCCACUUUGGUAGCCUCCUCUGGGCUUCCAUGAUUUUAGACAAAGGGGCCGUUUCCAAAUCCAUCCAAGCUCUAAGGAUUUCUGCUUCAUUCCCCCACCACUUAGGCUCAAGGAGCAAGGCAGGAGAUGGCCUCGAACCAGGACAAAGCCAUUUAAGGACUCAAGCCCACAUAGAUAUGUUUCCCAGAUGUAUUCUGCUUUAAAAAAAAAAAAGAUUAGGGCUUCCCUGGUGGCGCAGUGGUUGAGAGUCCACCUGCUGAUGCAGGGGACAUGGGUUCGUGCCCCGGUCCGGGAAGAUCUCGCAUGCCAUGGAGCGGCUGGGCCCGUGAGCCACGGCCACUGAGCCUGCGCAUCCGGAGCCAGUGCUCUGCAACGGGAGAGGCCACAGCAGUGAGAGGCCCGCGUACCGCAAAAAAAAAAAAAAAAAAAAAAAUUGUUUGGAGUGUUCUAGCCCUAAAGCCAAACUCUUCUGUCCACAGUGGAAUCUUCCUGGAAGAAAGAAGAACAUAUCCCUCUAGUAUAAAUGAAAGCUUGGAAAUGGAAGGGGGAGGUAGAGAGGUGAGGGGGAGGCAAAGAAAAGCGUUGUGUUUUGUUUUUAACUGAUGACGAUUACCUCAGUAAACAUCCUUUAAGGGCUCCUGUAUGCCAGUUGAGGUGCUACUAAAUACAGUAAGCAUGGUCCCUGCUCUCAGGGAGUCUGCGGCUGGCCUCCUGAGACAGGGAUCUUGCAGCAUAGUUGAAUUUCUUUUCUGACAGGUGCCUUUCCUAACAGAGCAGAUGCUGCCUUAUUUGGCCACUGAAUCAAUAAAUGAUAUUAAACGCUUAAAGAAAAAUGUCUAAAAAUAAAAAAGUUUAAAUCAAA